AUGAAAUAUUGCAUUGAAGAAAAGGGAGUAUCUGUAGUUCAUAAAGAAGUUCAACAAAGGUUAGUUGCAAUUGGAGCAAAGCUUGAAAGAUAUGACAAUAGGACAAGCCAUUACAGACAGAAUCGCUUGUUUGAAACAAACCAAAAGAAAUUGUUCGAUGAAUUGGAUGGAGUGGAAAGGGAAAUGGUGGUACCUGAUGCAGAGGAAAGUACUAAAAUCUGGAGUGAAAUAUGGGACAAUUCAGUAAAGCACAAGAAGAACCCAGAGUGGUUGAAGAAUGUGGAGGAUGAAUUAGCAGGAGAAGGAGUGCAAGAAGACAUACGUAUCGAGACACCGACAUUGAGAAAGCAGAUAAGGAAAAUACCGAAUUGGAAAAGCCCUCGUUCUGAUGGAGGGCAAGGGUAUUGGAUAAAGAAUUUGACUAAUUUACAUGGUAAGAUAGCAAUUCAAGUGGAUAAGUGUCUCCAAGAAAAUAGCGUGCCACUAUGGAUGGUGACAGGGAAAACAGUACUUUGUGUAAAAGAUUUGGCAAAAGGAAGCGCAGUUGACAAUUUUAGGCCAAUCACAUGUUUGCCGCUGCUGUGGAAAUUACUGACUGGGAUCAUAGCGGAAAAAUUGUAUAAUUAUCUUGAAGAAGCAGCAUUAUUGACAUGGGAACAAAAAGGUUGCAGAAAAGGAAGCCGUGGGACUAAAGACCAACUUCUAAUUGACAAAAUGAUCUUGAAAAAUUGUAAAAAACGUUUAACCUCACUAGCUGUUGCAUGGAUUGACUAUCGUAAAGCUUACGAUGCGGUCCCUCAUAGCUGGAUAGAAAAAUGUUCGGAUAUGUUUGGGAUAGCAGUCAAUGUCAAGUCUUUCAUAAGCGAGUCAGUGAAAAAGUGGAACACAGAAUUAAAUGCGGGCCAAACCAGACUUGGAAACGUAAAAAUAAAGCGAGGAAUUUUUCAGGGGGAUAAUAAAGAUCAAAUUGAUAGUUUAGUAAAUACAGUCAGAAUAUUCUCAGAAGAUAUCAAGAUGGAGUUUGGAUUAUCUAAAUGUGGAGUGCUAAUCAUAAAAAGAGGAAAAGUAGUUGAAAGCGAUGGCCUCCGCAUGCCAGAUGGUGCAAUGAUGAGAAAGAUAGAGGAAAGUGGAUACAAGUAUCUUGGUGUCUUGGAAGUGGAUGGAAUAAAGCAUGAUCAAAUGAAAGAUCAAGUAAAGAAAGAAUAUACCAGAAGGGUCAGAAACAUAUUGAAAUCAAAGUUAAACGGAGGAAAUAUAAUCUCAGCCAUUAAUUCAAGAGCGGUAUCAGUUGUCAGAUACGGAACAGGAAUCAUAAAGUGGACAAAGAAUGAAUUGGAGGAAAUGGACAGGAAAACAAGAAAGCUGAUGACAAUGUAUGGGGCGCAACACCCAAAAGCAGAUGUUGAUAGGUUGUACUUGAAAAGAUAUGAUGGUGGAAGAGGCUUGCUUGGCGUUGAAGAUUGUGUGCAGGCAGAAGUUUAG